CAGCUACCUUCAAGCCCUCCUUCCUUUCCGAGCUUCCCUUUGUUUGAAUUCCUCUUCCCCCUCCACUGAUUAUGCCCUUACAUACUGCAAAAUUCGCCAUUAAUGUCCGCCAUAGCUUCCAUUUGAGCAGAAUGAACAGCACUAACAUACCCAACUAUGCAGACCUCCAUAAUUCUUCCCCCAAGCUCCCAUCUCGCAUUUCUUGUACAACAUCUAAACAGCUCGGUCCUUUGAUUUAUGGGUCGGAAUCACUUUCUCAAGAACUUCAAAUCUCUGUUGGAGCUGUUCAGAUGGCUUGCUUUCUUUGUCAGCGAGUUCAGAGCAACUUGCUCAACAACAACGCCCAUAUUCAAGCCAAGGAUGACCACUCCCCUGUUACUGUCGCUGAUUGGAGCGUUCAGGCAAUUAUCAGCUGGGUUCUAUCCAAAUCUUUUGGGAGUAAAAACGUGUCAAUUGUUGCUGAAGAAGAUGUCCAGACUCUUUCCAAGCCUGAUGCAGGCCAACUCUUGGAAUGUGUAGUGGAAACCGUAAAUGAGUGUCUUUCUGAAGCCCAUCGCUUUGGAUUGGAACGUCCAGAAAGAACCCUCUCUACUUCUGAGGUUCUUGAAGCCAUCGCCCAAUGCAGCCACUCAUCUGAUGGAUCAACUGCAAGAUUUUGGACCCUUGACCCUGUGGAUGGCACGUUGGGGUUCAUACGAGGCGAUCAAUAUGCUGUAGCUCUAGCCUUGAUAGAAGAUGGAGAGGUGGUGCUGGGUGUCCUGGGAUGUCCAAAUUACCCAAUGAGAAGAGAAUGGCUAUGCUACCAUCCUCGUUACCAUCGGAUCAUAUCGAAGCUAUCAGCUGCAACAUCGGAGUGUUGGGACAAAGGCUGCGUGGUUUAUGCUCAAAAGGGUAGCGGUGUAGCGUGGAUGCAGCCAUUAGUUCGUGCAAAUAAGAGCUUAGUAUGGCCAAACUAUGCUAUACCAAUUCAACUGUCUUCCGUUGACGAUCCAGCUAUAGCGACGUUUUGCGAGCCAGUUGAGAAAGCAAAUUCGAGCCAUUCAUUCACAGCAGGACUUGCUCAUAGCAUCGGACUUAGAAACCAACCAUUGAGAGUGUACAGCAUGGCGAAGUAUGCAACCAUAGCUCGUGGUGAUGCUGAAAUCUUCAUGAAGUUUGCCAAGGCUGGUUACAAGGAGAAGAUAUGGGAACAUGCAGCCGGUGUGGUUAUCAUACAAGAAGCUGGUGGUGUUGUCACGGAUGCAAGAGGUCGUCCGCUCAACUUCUCGAAUGGUAUGUAUUUGGAACGUCUCGAUCGAGGAGUCAUUGCUUGCUCUGGAGCUAACCUGCAUGAUAAGAUAAUCAGAGCUAUUGACGCUAGCUGGAGUUCGUCUUGUCUAUGAUAUCAUGGCUUCAUUAUAUGAUAUCAUGACUUCCAUCUUUGGACACUUUUCAAUAAAUCUCUCCUAGGACUUCCAUGGAAGCUGCCGUAUAGGCUUGUACUUGUAAAAUCGUGCUCAUGUCUAUAGUUUGAAUGAAGCCUCUUCAUCUUUUAAACUUUUUCUAA